CUGAUUGCAAUAUAAUCCUCACUAUCAGUAAUUCCAAUUUCAGAAAUUUUAUGAAGGUAAUUUAGUGUAUGAUACUAAUAAAUUAAUAAUAACAAUUUAAGCCUAUCUCAAUAGUGGAGAAUUAGUGAUUUCUUAAUAUAUAAAGAACUAGGAUUAUCCCAAUUUUCCCAUUUAUUGCUUUAUUAUAAUCUUUUCUUCUUUAUCAAAAACCAAGUCUUCCGACAAUGAGUUCCAUUCAAGAAGAAAAGCAAGCUGCUGUUGAUCAAGUCCUUUCUAAGGACGUUACUUCAACUAGUGAUGAAGACUACGAUUACGAUGAUCCACAUAAUUAUUCUACCAACUAUGUUGAUGAAUUUAACCCAAGAGGUUUAAGAGUCCCAACAAAUGAAGAAGCCGCUACUUUAAGAAGAGUUUUAGGUAAGGUUGCCUUCUCUACUUACAUGAUCUGUCUUUGUGAGUUGGCCGAAAGAGCUUCUUACUAUUCUGUUACUGGUAUUAUGACUAACUUCAUUCAAAGACCUUUACCACCUAAUUCUCCACAUGGCUGGGGUGCUCCUGAAUCUAAGGACAGUUCAAGUCAAGCUGGUGCUUUAGGCCAAGGUUUAGAGGCUGCUAACGCUCUUACUUUAUUAAUUACCUUCGUUGCUUAUGUUGUUCCAUUAUACGGUGGUUUUAUUGCUGAUACUAGAAUUGGUAAAUAUAGAGCUAUUUGGAUCGGUGUUAUCUGUGGUUUAGUUUCGCAUAUUUUAUUUGUGAUUGCUGCUUUACCAACUGUUAUCAGAUCUGGUAACGCUGCUUUAGCUCCAACCAUUUUAGCCAUUGUUUCUUUAGCUUUCGGUACUGGUUUCAUUAAACCAAACUUGUUACCAUUAUUAAUGGACCAAUACCCAGAAAAAACAGAUGUUGUCAAGGUCUUACCAUCUGGUGAAAAAGUUAUUGUUGAUAGACAAAAGUCAUUCGAAAGAAUGACAUUGGUUUUCUACUGGGCUAUUAACAUUGGUGCUUUCUUCCAAUUAGCUACUUCAUAUAUUGAAAGAAGAAUUGGUUUCUGGUUUGCUUUCUUCAUUCCAAUUCUUGUUUACUUAAUCUUACCAGCUGUCUUAAUUUACUUAAGACCUAGAUUAGUUUUCAACCAACCUGAAGGUUCUGUUUUAACUAACUCAUGGAAAGUGUCUGCUGUUACUUUCUCCAGUGGUUUUAUUGGAAGAUGGAGAAACGGUACUUUAUGGGAAUGGGCUAAGCCAACUAAUAUGAUUGCUAGAGGUAGAGAAUAUUACAAUGAAAAGAAGAAGACUCCAAUCACUUGGAAUGAUCAAUGGGUCUUAGAUGUCAAACAAACUUUCAAUGCAUGUAAGAUUUUCAUUUAUUUCAUUGUUUUCAACUUAGCUGAUGGUGGUAUCGGUUCCGUUCAAACCUCUCAAGCUGGUUCAAUGACUACUCUUGGUGUACCAAAUGAUUUAUUCAGUAAUUUCAAUCCAUUAGCCAUUAUUAUCAUUAUUCCAGUUCUUGAUCAUGGUAUUUACCCUCUUUUAAGAAGAUAUAAGAUUAACUUCAAACCAGUUUACAGAAUUUUCUUCGGUUUUAUCUUAGCUGGUUCUUCGCAAAUUGCUGGUGCUAUUAUUCAAUGGAGAGUUUACAAAACUUCUCCAUGUGGUUACUAUGCUACUGUAUGUGAUGUAGGUACCGGUGUUUCACCAAUCUCUGCUUGGCAAGAUGUUUCAUUAUACAUUCUUUCUGGUGCUGGUGAAUGUUUUGCUAAUAUUACUGCUUAUGAAUUAGCUUAUACCAGAGCUCCACCUGAAAUGAAGGGUUUAGUCAUGGCUAUCUUCUUAUUCAUGUCUGCUAUUUCUGCUGCUUUAUCUGAAGCUGUUACUCCAGCUUUGAUCGAUCCAUACUUAAUCUGGCCAUUUGCCGGUAUUGCCAUUGCUACUGUUGUCGCUGCUGUUCUUUUCUUAAUCCAAUUCUGGAACUUAGACAAAGAAAUGGAACAAGAAAGACUUCAAAGAGAAGCCUUAGACAGAAGAGAUGAACUUGAAUUCAUUACUUCUCAUGGUGGUGUCGAAAGAAGUGAAGACUUAGCUCCAGUUACUUCUAUAAAGUCAGCUGUCGGUAAGUAAGUGAAAUACACUUGCAUUUAGGUUGAUUUUUUGGGCUUACUGUGUUACUAGUUUUUUUACAUGAAAGUAUCAUUAUAAUUCUUCAUAAGUACCUUUUAUAUUAUUAUUCAUUCAGUUCUAUAUAGACUUCGGGUUAUUUUCAUUGUCUUUUAUAAUAUAUCAUUUAAUUAUUUUAAAUUCAUUUGUAGUAGACUUCUAGGUUAUUGAAGCCUUAAUUCGUAAAUGAAAAGGAUAGAAGCGUAGAUUUUGUAUAUAAACAAAGGUGGAGAUAAAAAGGGGUGGCAGUAUUAUAAACGAAAAGAGACAGUCAUACGACUGAAUGACA